CACCAUAAAGAGAGAUGAAUCCACUGGAGCGAUAGUUGUAGCAAGGAUCAUGAGAGGGGGUGCUGCAGACAGAAGUGGUCUGAUUCAUGAGGGCGAUGAGCUAAGGGAAGUCAAUGGAGUCCAAAUGGAGGAUAAGACGCCGGAGGAAAUCAUUCCUAUUAUGGCUCAAUCGCAGGGAGAGGUGACGUUUAAAGUGAUACCGGUACCUGGCAUCAAGGAAGAGCUGUCAGCCAAUGAGACUAUGUUAUUUGUACGGUCGCUCUUUGACUACAAUCCUGAAGAGGACCCUGCCAUCCCCUGCAGACAGGCAGGUCUGGGCUUCAAGAGGGGGGACAUCCUUCAGAUCGUUAACCAGGAGGACGACACCUGGUGGCAAGCCUGUCGUCAUGGUGACAGCAACUCCCGAGCAGGACUCAUCCCCUCCAGGCAACUUCAGGAGAGGAGAGUCGCUCUCCAGCGGCCCAAAGCCUUAUUUAAACCUCAGAGAGUCCCAAACAAAGUGACAGCUCUCUCUACAGUGGUGGAGGAUGCAGACUAUGGAGCUAUUACUGGAAUCCACAUCGCUGGUCUAAGAAGGAGUUUCCGGCUGGGCAGGAGGGGCGGUAGGAGUGGGAAUGUUGAGUCUAAAAGGAAGAGCCAGGAGAUGGGAGGAGCCACACAGACACCCACCUACCUGGAGGUGGCACCGUACUGCAGGGACCAUAAAGAGGGACGUCGGCUGGUCCUGCUGGUUGGUCCCAGUGGAGUUGGGCUGAGUGAGUUGAAGAGGAGACUCCUGCUCUCUGACCCUGACCACUAUGGUGUCACUGUUCCACACACCACCAGAGAGAAGAGGAAGCAGGAGAAAGAUGGGGUAGAGUACCACUUUGUCUCAAGGCAGACGUUUGAAAUGGACAUCGUCAACCACAAGUUUUUAGAGUAUGGGGAGCACAGAGGGAACUACUACGGGACCAGUCUGGAGUCAGUGCACAAGGUCAUAGGGGAGGACAAGGUGUGCCUACUGGAUGUGCAGCCUAAUACUGUACAGCGCUUACACACAACUGAGUUCAAACCAUGUGUUGUUUUUGUGAAGCCACCAUUGAUUCAGGAGCUACGUUUUAGCCGGAGGAAAGCUACAUUAAUUUCCACCCAAGAUAUGACGAAACUGACAAAGACAUUUUCGGAAGAGGACUUUGAAGAUAUGAUUAGCUCAGCAGAAGCCAUGGAUAGCCAGUACGGCCACCUGUUUGAGAUGGUCGUCGUCAAUGGCGAUUUCGCCAUGGCAUUCAACAAACUGAGGGCGGAGCUGGAAAAGCUUGAGACGGAGGCGCCUCAGUGGAUUCCUGUGGAGUGGACCAGUCACACCAAACAGAACACAGAGAGUGUGUGCUGAACACACUAGGAGGCUGGUUAUGCAUGUCUCAUUCACACUCACAGGAGGCUGCUGAGGGGAGGAUGGCUCAUAAUAAUG